AUGGCUCAGAAUGGCUUUCCCUGGCUUUCACAAUCUCGAGAUCCAGAAAAGGAUCCAUCAUUACUAGAUCCCAGCCAGGCUAUACCGCGUCCCGAUGAACCCGCAGCCAGCCCUCGAGCCCCCUCCCCAAACCCACCCAUACAGGGAAAGAAACAGUAUUGUGCACAACAGCCUAAGAGACGUACAGGAUCAGUCAAAGGACCGCCACCAGUGAAGCCUGGUCUGCUCAAGAGUCUGUCCGAACCCCAAGUAUUCAAAGCGACCUCGCCAUUACCAGUCCGAACGAUCCCACCUUGGGUUCGGGACGCAGAGGAAGACGAUUUUGACGACACCGAAUAUUCCUUACCGGGCAGCCCGGGUGCGGCAUUCAUAGCUCAACACAACCAUAGCCCAGCCGCUCUUCAACGCCCUCUCCUGUCGAGCAAAGCACCCGAACGCGAUCAGAACAUAACAUCCUCAGGCGACACGAGACCGGAACGAACCUCGAGAUGGGUUACGUUCGCACGAGCAAGUGCAUAUCCCCGAGAGACCUUUAACGGAGAGAAGGUAGAUACCGAAUAUCUCGAUCGGAACUUCACGGACUACUCCAAACCCUGGUUGGCAGAUCACGAGGAGGACGAAUUAGAGGGCAGCAGUAGAUACCGUGCGUUCCGAAGAAAACGGCAGGCAUGGUAUCUGCGAGCACAGUUUACGAUAUUACGGAAUCCCUUCAUCCCUCUGGCAUUCCGACUUACAAUUUUUGUUUUUGCACUGGUAGCCCUUGGCUUGGGCACGUCCAUCUGGAGAGAAACUGGAAGAAUCACACAUUGCAUCGCUGAGGAGCCUCGGAGUUUUGCUUGUACAUUAUUGGUGGGAGAAGGCCCGCAAGACUACUACCGCGACCCAUCGGGUCUGAUGGCAAUCAUUGUGGACGCCAUUGCUUUGAUUUACACCGUCUACAUCACGUAUGACGAGUACUUUUCCAAACCCUUAGGACUACGACAUGCUCGUGCGAAGGUCCGGCUGGUUCUCCUCGACCUUUUCUUUGUGGUCUUUCAGUCGGCGAAUUUGAGUCUCAGCUUUGAGUCCUUAACAGUGGACGAGGGAGCCUGUCAGGUGGGCGAUUCUGCGAGGACCAAUUCGAGAUUCGAUCAUGUCUGUCAUAGGGCGCAAACUUUGAGUGCGGUGUUAUUGGUGUCCCUAACGGCGUGGCUAAUGACUUUCUCUGUCAGCGUUUUGAGAUUGGUGGAAAGAAUCAAUACAAACUAG